ACAUCUUUACAUAGAACUUGCAGGAAAAACCGUUACACCAUCACCAUAUUCACUAUCUUCUUCUCUCAUGGUCACCGGCGGCGCCACCUCUGUAACCGGCGCCUCCACACCCUGCCUUUCGUGCUAGAACGCAGAUGCAUACACAAUCCCAAACAUGUCAAACACAAAAAAAUCCUGUCCAGAAUUCGAACUUUCCUUGAAUGUAUAAUGUUAUUUUGCACCUUUCUGUAUCUCCAAGCCCGUUGAUAGAAUAAUCUAGAACUAAAAGCAAACAAAAACUCAUCGAUCUCAUUAUCGUUUUCCAUUCAAAACUUCGUCCCCAAGACUGUAUGUCAUUUUGUUUGGCAUCAACUUUCUACGAAUCCCAGAUUGGGGGGUGAUUUGAUCCAUCAAGUUUAAGGUUAAAAGGAGGUGAUUGGGUCCGCUGAGAAGAUGUCGAGCUUCGUCAAGGACAUCCUGGCGAGCCCGAUACAGAUGGCGGACCAGCUGAUCAAGAUGGCCGACGAAGCCCAAACAUUCAGAAUAGAAUGUUUAGAGCUCAAGGCCAAAACGGAGAAACUCGUUGCCUUACUCCGGCAGGCCGCGAGGGCCAGCAAUGACCUCUACGAUCGGCCAACGCGGCGCAUCAUCGACGACACCGAGCAAGUCCUCGAGAAGGCCUUGGGACUGGUCGACAAAUGUUGCGGAAACGGCCUCAUGAAACGACUCUUCACCAUCAUACCCGCGACAGCAUUUCGCAAGACGUCGAUGCAGCUCGAAAAUUCCCUCGGAGACGUGCAAUGGCUCCUUCGUGUAUCUACUUCAGCCAACGAACGCGAAGACGCGUGUCUGGGUCUACCACCAAUCGCAGCCAACGAGCCCAUCUUGUGUCUAAUCUGGGAACAGGUAGCAGGGUUGCUCACAGGGUGUUCCAUAGAAGACCGCUCGGACAAUGCCGCUUCCUUGGUCUCUUUAGCUCAAGACAACGACCGGUAUGGCAAAUUGAUUAUUGAGGAGGGUGGUGUUCCUCCACUUUUGAAAUUGUUGAAAGAAGGGCAUUUAGAGGGUCAGCAAAAUGCAGCAAGAGCGAUAGGGUUACUUGGGAAGGACCCAGAAAGCGUGGAACAGAUUGUGAAUGCUGGGGUCUGCACCGUGUUUGCAAAAAUCCUCAAAGAAGGUGACAUGAGGGUUCAGUCGGUGGUGGCUUGGGCUAUCUCGGAAUUAGCAUAUCAUCACCCGAAGUGUCAGGAUCACUUUGCUCAGAACAAUUGCAUACGCUUGCUUGUAAGGCAUCUUGCCUUCGAGACCAUCCAGGAACACAGUAAGUACGCCAUUGUCAGUAAACAAAACAUGUCAUCCAUUCAUUCAAUCGUGUUGGCCAGUAACGCUCAGAAUGAUCAUGACAAGAAAACGAUGCAUGAAGAUGAAGAUCAUAAGCAUCAAGUCGCUCACCCUAUAGAGAACCAAUCAUCGAGCCAAAUGCACCACAUAGUUACCAACACAAUGGCCAUGAAACAGCAAGCCCGAAGCAAUGCAAAGCACGGGCACGCACAUGUUUCGAUUGCAGGAACGAGUUUGAAAGGGAGGGAGGCUGUAGAUCCAGCUACAAAGGCCCAAAUGAAGGCCAUGGCGGCUAAAGCGCUGUGGCAACUCUCCAGGGGAAACAUAACUGUUUGUCGCAGCAUCACUGAAUCAAGGGCUCUUUUAUGUUUUGCUGUUCUGUUGGAGAAGGGACCUGAAGAUGUUAAAUCCUUUUCAGCUUUUGCUUUAAUGGAGAUCACGGCUGUGGCAGAGCAGCAGGCGGAGUUGAGGCGUUCUGCUUUCAAACCCAAUUCCCCUGCUGCAAAAGCCGUGGUGGAUCAGCUUCUUAGGAUCAUUGAGAAAGCAGAUUGUGAUCUUCUGAUACCCUGUAUCAGAUCAAUAGGUCACUUGGCGAGGACCUUUAGAGCUACAGAAACGAGAAUGAUAGCACCGUUAGUGAGGCUACUUGAUGAAAGAGAAGCUGAGGUUUUAAUGGAAGCCACAAUUGCACUUAUCAAGUUUGCUUGCACUGAUAACUUUCUGCAUGAGACUCACUGCUCAGCCAUAAUAGCAGCAGGAGGAGCAAAGCACUUAAUCCAACUUGUUUACUUCGGGGAGCAAGCGAUCCAAAUUCCCGCACUGAAACUUUUGUGCUAUGUGGCGAUGCACGUGCCCAAAAGUGAGACGCUUGCCCAAGAAGACGUCCUCAUAGUUCUGGAGUGGAGCACGAAGCAGGCGCAAUUGAUGCAAGUACCCACAAUUGAAGAGCUAUUACCUGAAGCCAAGAGCAGGUUGGAACUAUAUCAGUCAAGAGGCACGAGAGGAUUCCAUUGAUUUUUCUACCCUAUUUAAACUCUCGAACAGACCAAAGUUUUUUGGGGUUUCCUUUUUCUACUUAUUCUCUAAAAGCCUUCGAUUAAAACUCAAAGUGUAUAUAAAACUUAGCAAAUGGUUUGGGUGAUCACCCUUCUGUGAAUUAAUUUAGGAGAAGAUCUCAGCUUGUUACA